AUGACCACCAUCCCGUCCCGUCUGGCCAAGUCGGUCCACAUCGCCAAGUCGAUGGAGGAGGCCCGCCGCCUCACCAUCGACGCCUACCGCGCGUGGUACCGCUCCGCUCCCGAGAUUUGCGCCCUGUACGCGCUCAACGUCUCUCCCUCGGCCAUCCGUCUCAAGAUCCGCCAGGACUUUGAGAAGCACCGCGACAUCCAGGACAUCAACGUCAUCAACCUCCUCCUCCACAAGAACCAGCAGGAGUACCAGGAGACCAUGAACUGCUGGAAGCAGGAGCCCAACAUUAUGCACUGGUUCAAGCCCCUCGACGACCCAGCACCACCAGCCACGUUCAUGGAGAAGUUCUACGCCGGACGCGACGACCCCAAGACGGUCGCCUCGUUCUAA